AUGAUAGAUACUAAUCUGUUUGGUGUAGCCAAUGGAAUUGCCACUAUUCUUCCAUUGAUUGAAAAUCUAAGUACAACGGUUGUUAUCACUGGGUCAAAACAAGGCAUUACGAAUCCACCAGGAAAUCCUGCAUACAAUGCUUCAAAAGCUGCAAUUAAGUCUGUCGCAGAAAGUUUAUCUUAUGAUCUACGUAAGACCAAUGUCAAUGUGCAUCUUCUUAUCCCAGGAUAUACAUACACAGGAAUGACACGAGGUAAUUCGACUAGCAAACCAGAUUCAGCAUGGACUCCGGAUCAAGUUGCCUCCUUUAUGUUCGAAAAAAUCAAGCAUAAACAGUUUUACAUCCUCUGUCCUGAUAACGAUGUGACGAAUGAAAUGGAUCAUAAACGUAUGACUUGGAAUUUACGCGAUAUCACAGAAGGUCGUCCUGCUCUUUCUCGAUGGCGAGAAGAAGCUGCAGCAGAUUUCGAAAAUUACAUGAAACAGUAG